ACAAUCACGAUUCAUAUAUAUAUAAUUCAUACUUGUAGCUCUCCACUGCUGAAAGCUGAAAGCGCUGAAUUGCUGAUGACAAAGUAGCAAGACAUAAUUAAGUACAGAGGAGGAUGAAGCGAUAAAGCGCCUGUCGUUCGUUGAUACAAGUAUCUCUUUAUGAUAUAUAAUGGAAUUAAGUGAAUUGUGUCAUUUGUGGCUGCUACGACUGGAUUGUUGACACUCUCUGUGGCAUAAACUGGAGACAGAAAAAGUGAGGUUACACAUGAGUCUUAGCUGGAUUUUCUUCGAAUAUUAAUCUCAUUUGUGCGGUCGAGACAUGUCCACCUCGUGACAAUCGGCGUGUGUUGCCGAAUGAUUUUUAUUCUCCUUUGCUACUCCUUAAUAUGGAGUUCGUUUAUUGUUUUCAACCACAUUACAAGCUGUUGCAGUAGGUAAAAUAGUGAUACCUACACUUUUUCAUUUUAUCCUCGCAAUCGUAAAACCUCUUCGUCGUAAUGAGCUGUCACCCAAUACUUGGCCAACAACUCAUUUUCCCGGCUUCUGACCAUCCAUAGACGUUAUACGCACCUGUGUCGUCAUCGUCGUUAUCAAGUUUGUAAGGCGUAGAUGGUGAUUCGCUUACCUUUGUAUUACUGGCCUCACCGGAUUUUACCUUUUUUUUUUUUUAUCUUUCUAAUUAUCUUAAUUGCACUAGCCAUCUUGUUGUUGAUUUAAUUUUAACAAAGUGGUGUAACUGAAGAUCUGCUUGUCUAAUUGUUUAGACAAUACAGCCUUAUACAUCAGUUCAGUAUUGUGAUGAUGCAGGUUUUAUUGUAAAUAUAGUGCCAUUGUUUAGAAUAGUUUAAAAAUAAUAUUGGAAGAUCAAAAAAUGGAGUCAGCAGCUACACAAGGUGAUAGUGACACCAAAGAGGACACUGAAAACAUCACAAAUAACAUAGAAGAUGUACACGAAGAGGUAAAAAGGUUAAAAGCCCUGAAUAAUCAAAUGAGAGAAGAGUUUGAUACGCAAAGGGCAAAAAUUAAGGAAUUAUUUUUACAAAAAGAAGAGGACCUAAAAAAGGCAACUGAAGAAAAUUCAAAGUUACAAGAAGAAAACUGUAACUUCCAACACGAAUUAAACGAAGUUAAAAGUCAGUUGGUGAUUGUUGAUAUAAAAACGAAAAAUAAUAUUGAUCUAGAAAAGCGUAAGGCUGAAGAUGAAAUUGCCUCAUUGCAACAAAUCAUAACAUCAACAGUUCAAGACUCUUCAGCAGCAAGAAAAGAACUGGAGACUAAAAUUAGUAAACUAAAGGAAGAAAAUAACAAUUUAAGGUUACAACUCAUGCAGAAUUCACCGCUUGAUGGACCUCAAAUUUCUCUGUCAACGAUGACUAAAUCAUUGGCAAAAAAGGUAGCCUCACAAUUAGGUGCUGAUUCACUUUCACUUGGCUCCGAAAACGAAGAAACUUCGUCAAAAAAUAAGCGUCAUGCAGAUGAAGACGCUGAAGUAUUACGUUCACUGGUUGUGCCAUUAGAAGAAGAAAUAUCAGCGUUAAAAGAGAAACUAAGAACUACAGAUGAUGAGUUACAAAAGUACAAAGAGAAGGAAGAACAACAGAAUGCAAAACAAGCUAAAGCAAAAGAAUCUGGUAUCCGAGAAAAUACGUGUGAUAUGUGUUCAAAUUACGAAGCUCAACUCCAAAGAAUGCAAAUGGAAGCUAAAGAUCUUGGAAAACAAUUGCAAGAAACUGAACAAUUAUUGCAAACUCAGAAACAAGAUUUAGUUAAAGAAGUAGAGUUUAGAAAAGGUAUGGAAGAAAAGUGGAAUGAAAAGAAAGAAGAACACAAGGCCGAAGUCAAUCAGUUGAGCUAUUCGGUAAAGUUAUCCACACAAGUUAAUGAUGAACUGAAACAGCAAUACAGUUACACAAAAGAGUGUGUUACAAAAGAAUUAGCUCGUUUAACAAGAGAAAGAGAUGAUGUACAAAGACAUUUGGACAAGUUGCAGCAAGAAAACGAUUAUCUCAUGGGAAAAUAUAGCAGGCACUCCGAGCAUUAUCAGUAUGAACAUAUCAACAUGCCAAACACCGUCGAAGAAUUGCAUGUUAGUAUUUUGAAAAUUCGCGAAGAAUUGAUAGUAGCGACUAUUGCAAAAGAAGAAACUGAAAGAAAGUGCCGAUCACUCGAGUGUGAGCUUGAACUGUUGCAUGACCAAAUAGAGCAGGAUAAUCAAGAAAAAGACCGAAAAGAAGCAGAACUUCAGAGUAUGGUUGAGCGCGCGACUAAAACUGAAUCAAUCAUAACCGAAUUGAAGCAGCAGAUUUUGAACUUGCAGCAGGAGCUGAAUACUGGCGAAGAGACUCAAAAAGAUUUCGUUCGCCUGACGCAAUCGUUACAGGUUCAACUUCAAAAAAUACGGGAUUCUGAAAAAGAAGUUAGAUGGCAGUAUGAAGAGGAUGUAGAUGAAUGCCCAACAUGUCGCUCAUCUUUUUUGCAAGGAAAGAAAAAAGAAAAGAUGCACUGUCGACACUGUGGUCAAAUUUUUUGUCUUUCGUGCCUAAAUAAUAUUGUGAAAAGCGGACCACAUCAGAGACCAUCGAGAGUUUGUAAUGUUUGCCAUACCUUACUGGUACAAGAAACUGCUCCGUAUUUCAGUCGAGACCCACCCUAAGACGAUUUAAAAAAGAAAACUAAUUUGGAUGGAUUGAGUUACGAUAAAGUGCAAUACAGUUAUUGAAUUAACUAGAUCAAUUGGUGAUUUAAAUGAAAUAUAUGCUUAUAAGUAAUUUUUCCAACUUUCCGAAUGUAUUUGUUUAUUAGUCUCUUUAAUCUGGGGCAGUGAUUAUAAAAUCAUGUAAAGUCGUACGAUGUGAUAUGAAAAUUGAAAUAGUAUGAAAAUAUAUGAAUCCAUUCAAAAUUUUAUCUUUCAAUUCCUUGUAUUUUUAGUAAUAUAAAUAUUGCGGCAGCUUUCCAAUCAACAUACUUUGAAUGAAUGUUACGAAAUCUUUUUUUCUUCGUUCAUAUAUUUUCAUAAGCGUUUUUAUGCAAAUUUUUUUAACCUGUACAGUAAACAAUCGCUAGAAAUUGUGCAAGUAUUGAAUGAAGACUAUAGCUGUGACUCGAUAAAUAUCUAAAAAAAGAUAUAUUCUAAUCAUCUGACAAGAGUCACGUGAUACAAA